CUCUCGCCACAUGUCGCAGAGUGUCAUUUGAUCUUAAUUCUGCUCAUUUACUUUCCUCUCACGCAUACAAAUGGACGUACAAGGUACGAUUCGACAAGCCCAUGGUAUAUACCUAGAAGGAGCCCAUAGAGGAGGAAAAUUUUUUUUUAUUUUGUAUCCACGCAGCGCUCGAAUCGAGUUCAACAGCUAUCCCUCCUCAAUCGAUUGUACCAGCGCCCGAUCAUCCUUCCAUGGUUUAUACUGUUUCAGUUUCAUCGAACAAGCUUUGCUAAGAUUUCAACUAAUCCCUGGUGUCGCCCACUAUUCCAACGUUGGCCGUUUAAGGAACUUGCCGAGCACCCACAACGGAUUUUGUCGAGGUUCCUCCACCAAUCUGCGGAGCUUCUUCGUGUUUCAUCUUGAUAACUUAUUUUGCUCACUGUAUGCCCGGCCCCACGAAGCUGGAUCUGUAAUUUGCCGCGAUUUUGCCAUGAGAGCGAAUAAUCAGAUUUCUGCGCGCCUGUAUCCAUUCGAAUUGUUUGCUUAGUCCGGCUUACGGAUGCUUCGGCGUGCCCUAAGUAAUCGACUAUUGGUGCAGGUGCUUGAUUCAUUUCCGCCGGUCCCACAAGUCCGUGCUUCAUAGAUGACCGGAGAUAGCACCGCGAUUUCUCGAGGCCAUUCACUAGCACCACCGGGACUCUCUUAAUGGUUCCCGAUAUGCUGUUCCUGUCAUUAAACCCCUGAAUUAGAUUAACAUCGCCGACUACCAGCUAGUCUGAACGCCUCUUCAUAUCGAGCAGGCAACAACUUGAUCGGCCCACGGGGGGUGCUCGGGAAUGUGUUCCAUCUUAGGA